AUGGAGGCCAGGCCAAGUGACAGCGAUAAUAAGGCGGAAAUCAUCAUCAUCAUCACCAUCACCGUCGUCACCAUCAUUUGGAAAGGAGGAAAUCACUUUGUUGAACCAUUGGAGAGGAGGAAGAAGGAGUGGGAGGAGGAGGAUGAGAAGGAGGAGGAGUCGAUGCAGCAGUCGAGGACUCGGCGCAACCUUCUCAUGCGACAUCAGACAAAGUGGUUACAGUCCACACCUCUCCUGACUGCUGCCAAAAAUCAUGCUCCCACUACCACCUUCACCACCACCUCCAACACAGCACGCGACGUCGGCACCGUUGAUCCGACCCAACCCAACUGA